GCUCAUGUAGACACUCCACAACUUCAUCCACAGCUGUUACAACUGCAGUCCAAUCUGUGCUUUCCCACUGUACGGUGAAGAUGGCGUUGGGAGAAAUAUGUUGCACUAUCGAUAUAAGCAAGACUCUGAGGUCUUCAAAAACAGGCUUUCUAUUUUUUCUAUUAUUGCAAAUGAGUCUGGUACACAAAACGGCUAGUACACCAACCACUCUGACAACUGAUGCAAUAUCAUCUACAAUGUCUGAAACUGAAAGCCAGAGUUCAACCACUCAAACUAUGAAUCCAGUAAGUGUGCAGUCCUCCACUUCUUCUGACCAAACGUCAUCUAUGGUCACAUCAGGCACUUACGUGACAGAAGCUUCAUCCACAAUGGCUAGUACACCAACCACUCUGACAACUGAUGCAAUAUCAUCUACAAUGUCUGAAACUGAAAGCCAGAGUUUAACCACUCAAACUAUGAAUCCAGUAAGUGUGCAGUCCUCCACUUCUUCUGACCAAACUUCAUCUACGGCCACAUCAGGCACUUACGUGACAGAAGCUUCAGCCGCUACCAUACAGAGCACUACUUCUAACGGUGCUACUGUUGGCUCAACAGGCAUUACUAGUAUGGACGCAGUUUCAGAAAAUACAUCUUCAUCAGAAAAUUACACUGCGCUAUCCUGUCCAGCAUUUGAUUGCACAACAGAUUGUUACUUCCAGUUCAUGAAUACAACGGCGAAGCCUUGCCAAUCCAGUGAAUAUUUCUGUAAGAUAACGCAACAGGACACAGGUUACUCUGUCAGAUGCAGUGCCUCAUGUGGAAUAUCCUGCGGGAAUGGGACUAUCAGUAAUUGCUCUGUGAACUGUUGCAACAAAACCAGCUGCCUAGACAACACUCUGCUUGCCAUAUCCGAUUCACUCAGUAUGACUGUAGCUACAACAAAAUCCACUACUACAACCACAACAAUCAAAGCCACAGUUACAACCACCCAAGCAAAUAAUGGCAAGAAGUGCAAUACUUUCAAUUGUAAUGGGGUGGCGUGUUACAAAACCAAUAAUGUCAGCAGUAAUGUCAUGCUGUGUCCAGUUGGUCAGGACUACUGCUUGCUACAAAAGAUGACAUCUGGCAGUGCAGAGAGCUGGCAGGCGGGUUGCAGUGUAGAUUGCAGAAAGAUGACAGUUUGUCCAAGCACCACAACUACUUGUCACUUGGAGUGCUGCAAUGCCACCACCACCACCUCAUGCCUCAAACUGUCAGGUGACGUGAACAUGCCCAGCUCCGCCACCAGGGGUCCGCACUGUCCCACACUGCUCAUGGCCUCUUUGCUGCUCUUCUGGAUAGUCAAAGUCUUUACUUGAGUGUAACAAAGUCACAUUUAAUACGUAAUCCAAGGAAGCGCCUUUUUCUGUUAGGAGAGUGUAUGUUUGUUUUAAAGCUGAUUGUACUUCUUUUACUUUCACUUUUACAUUAUUUGUGAAGUGUGCAAAUGAAGGUGUGUGUGUGUGUGUGUGUGUGUGUUGUGAGAAGCAGAAUAUGUAUGUGUGUGUAGAUGCCAAAUAAGCUUUACCAUAGGCAUCCGUAGAGACUUAUGUAAUGUGGAAACAUGACUGUUGUUGGAUUCUUUAUUUCUCAGAGAUAUAAGAAAUAUAUUAACACUGCAGAGAUAAAUAUGAAGUUAGCUUCCUCUCAAGAGUUGUGAUUAAUUCUUGCUCUUUUUGGCAUUAAUGUACACUUUAAGAUGUACACUUUUUCUUACACUGUAAGAAAAAAAAUCCAUAGAUAAUGGAUGAUGUCUUGGCAGAAAAUUACCAGUAUCAUUUCCGUUAUGGACAUUUCCUUCAACCCUAAAACAUAAUGCACAAUUAAAAA